AUGCGGGUCUUCUCAGGCCGACACAGUAAGGCGGCGAGCUAUAAAAUUGACAAAGUGAUGGAGAAACUGGUGGCCGUGACUGAAAUCGUGGAGAACAGAUUGCCUGCCGGAGCAGUAACACCAGCAACUCCGGAACCACGCACCCCGCAGCAGAUUCCCACAACCCUCUCUCGUGAGGUAAAAAGGAUCCACAAGAGUCUGGAGGAUGGACAAAAGUACAGAGGAAAUGAGAGGUUCGCGUCUGAGCACAACUCUAGUGUCACAAAUAUAUUGUUGCGGACAAUAACAGAUGAAGAAGAAUAUGACCCCUCUUUGAUCAGAAGAGCAUGCAACAGGUACUUUGAGAAUAUAAGGAGGGAAUUAAAGUUGUCAGAAGACAACAAAGUGGAGGAGGAUCGGAGGGCCAAAGCGCUCAACAACCGAAGGCAUAGACUUUUAAAUUCACGCCGUUCUGCUGCUCGCUCCAUCCUUACUGAUGAGGAGUAUAAAUACCUGGAAGGGGCGCCUGCAUGCACGAUGAGCGACGAGGAAACAGACAGUGAAAACAAAGACAUAUGGAAAGUGUAUCCACCUGAAUGGAGGGCAACAAGACUGACUGAGAUAUUAGAAAGGUGUCAGUGCCACCUCACUGACUUGCACCGGAGAGUGCCCAGUGGCACAUACAGCCAGAGGCAGCGUCCGAGAGGGAUCAAACCCAUUUAUCUGAAGUGA